AGAACUACACCACAGUUAACCAGUCACAGUUUCUUCAGCGCGAGGAACAAACUGGAAUCGGUCAACUUCCGAGGAAAUGAAACUGAUGCAAGCAAAUGUCUUGGUUAGCUUCAUGCCAACACGUGCGAACCAAGGUUGAGCUACCAAAGAACCAAGAGGAGUUGUAGGCCUACUGAUGUGUUUCAGACUGUCCAUCUGGUGGAUUAGGGAAAGGCCAACAACAGCAUUUCUUUAAAAAGACAAACUGGUGCCAUCUCUGUGGGCAGUUAACCACACAGGACAUUUAAAGUCAAAAGUGGGAACAGAACCUUCUGUACACAGUCACUGUAGUUGGCUCCUUGUUUAUGAAGAUAACUCUGAAAAAAAAGCAAAACUAGAACUCUCCAGGCUGCUCUUUCAUUCCCGAAAUAACGCAAAGGACACACAUUGGUACAGGUGGAGAACAUGAGACAGUUAGGAAUUAAAGAUGUGAGACAAGUGUGGGUCAUGCAGGCUGUAAUCCUCAUGGGGUUGGUUUGUGAUGUCACUCCACUUGAUUCCUCCGAUGAACAAUACCCCUGGGCCAAUGGUCAAUGGCCUCAGUCAGUUGAAGACUUUGUCAAAAAUUGGGACGGAAAAUACAAUGUAAAAAGCCCUCCAUAUUCUUCCUAUGGUGACUUAAUUCCAAAUCACACGGGCCCUGACGGGAAGCUCACGGAGGCCAUUAACAAUCUCCGCCAACUCAACAACAGAAUGGCUAACCCUAGAAGAUAUGACCCGCUAGAAGAGAACUUAGGAAAGGAAGGAGCCGUUCUCACUACAGUCGCCAUAGGGAUAGUACUAGCACAGCUGAUUGUGGGAUCUGUGAUCUAUUGUGCCGUGCACCGGUGCAAAGGACGGUCAGUGGAUCGGCGCGGAGCCCUUGUACGAGGCCAACAGGUCACUAUAGGAAGUGAGAAUGUUGAUGCACCGCUGGCACCACCGUCCGCUCCAAUGUUGCCAUCGGUGUAUGCAGGCUCCCAGCAAGGUGUGAUGGUGACCGCCGUGACGUCCCAGCAGCCAGCUGAGACUACUGCCUAUCUGCUCCCUGCUCCUCAAGGACCAGAAUCCUCCAGUGUCAACCUCCUUAACCCACAGGACAAGACGUGUGAUGCAGAAGGAGUAGCGUUGACUAACAGCAUCCCACCUCUGGUGCAGCCACCACUUAUGCCUGGUUACUCUUACGUCUGAAUCCCUACUUGUCUACGUUGCUAGGUUGGCCAACCUUGUAAUGUUCUGUGGUCAAGUCAUCCCAGUCAGCCCUCAUGUCUUGACACGUCAUGUCUCAUGUCUUGAUAUUAUAGUGCAGUAGUAUAGUAGCUGUAAGUUCUUGUUUAUUGCAUAUCUAAAGCUCAAUACAGGGUUACAGUAUGUUGUUCAAUCAAUCAGAGUGAAUUCUUGAAAAGACUCUGAUACUGAUCAUGUUUGCUGUAAACUGUGAUCUUUAUUAAAACUUUGCAUUUGAAAAUCUC